GGAAAACUCUCAUACCCUCAGCCAUGGCUUCUGUUUGUCUCAACCUCUUCACCCUCCCUUUGCUAGCCACUCUACUGGCCGGAAUCUUCCCCUCUGGUAACUUCAUGACCCCUCUUAACUGCACAAAAAACAUAAACGCAUGCACUGCUGUUUUAUACCACAUGAACUCCGGUCUAUCACAGCAGCAGAUAGCCUCCAAUUACUCCGUUAACAUAUCCCAAUUUAGCAACAUUUCCCACAAGAACAGACAGGCUUACCUUAUAAAAGUGCCCUGUUCAUGCCAAGAUGUUAAUGGCACUACUGGGUACCUCUACAACACCAACUACACUGUGAAACCGAAUGACCCAUUCUUCAAUGUUUCUACCUAUAUAUGCAGCGAAUGGGCUCUGGAAGUUGGAGGAGAAGAAGAGUUGUUUGCGAUUGACCAGCAAGUUCCGUUGCAUCUGUUGUAUGGCUGCGUAGAGACAAUAUCUGAGAUUAUAGUGACUUACACAGUUCAGCAGGGUGGCACUUUGUCAGAUAUUUCUACCUUGCUUUCCGCUAGAAUCAGUGAUGUAGAGAAAAUGAACUCGAUUCUGAAAGAAAAUCCAGGAAGAAGACACAUGUGGACAAUAUUCAUUGGCAUAUUGUCAGCUGUGACAUUGCUUUCAAUCAUCACUUUACUGAUUAUUCUCAUUCGGAAGCGAAGAUCCCAACAAAAGAAUGAGCAGGAAGGUGCAAAAACAACGGCCGCAUCCACAAGCAAGAGUACUAGAGCAUUUUCUAUGAACAACCAACUUCUUUACAGAGAAAACACAGAAGUUUUUGAAUCAGAAAGACCAGUAGUAUACGGUCUAGAGGAGAUUGAAGAAGCUACAAUUAAUUUUGACGAAUCUAAGAAAAUUGGAGCAGGGGAUUAUGGGAGUGUGUACUAUGGAAUUCUAACUACAGGACAGGAGGUUGCAAUAAAGAAGAUGAGAUCCAACAAGCCCAAGAAGUUCUUUGCAGAGCUCAAAGUCUUAUGCAAGAUCCAUCACAUUAAUGUUGUGGAGGUAUUAGGGUUUGCUACUGGGGAUGACCACAUCUACUUAGUUUACGAGUAUGUCCAGAACGGAUCCCUCAGCAAUGAUCUCCACGAGUCAUUACCAAAAGGUCAUCAGCCUCUUUCUUGGACAGCAAGAACCCAGAUUGCACUUGAUGCUGCCAGGAGCAUUGAGUACAUUCAUGAUCACACAAAAGCACAAUACGUUCACCGUGAUAUAAAGACAAGUAACAUUCUACUUGAUAAGAGCCUCCGUGCUAAGGUUGCAGAUUUUGGAUUGGCAAAGCUAGUUGAGAGAACUAGUGACGAAGACCUUAUAGCUACAAGAUUGAUCGGUGAAGGAGCUUCAAAUCACCCCAAAAACAGAUGUAGGAACAAGGUUUUCCAAGAUGAUGACCCUGAAUCAGCUUUGGAAGAUGUAAUAGAUGGAAAUCUCAGAGGCAACUACCUCAUGAAGGAUGCGUAUAAGAUGGCUGAAAUUGCUGAGUUGUGCUUGAGAAGAUGCAGUGAGCAGACCGGAGAUGCAAAACAUAGUUGUAUCUCUUUCCCAAAUUGUGAUAUCCUCAAUUGAGUGGGAAGCUUCACUAGGAGAUAAUGGCCAAGUUUUUAGUGGGCUAUUCAAUGGAAUAUGAGAGAAUGUUUAGCAGAAAACUCAUGUCACAACAAUUUUUGGACGAGAAAGAAUUGAAACUACAAAUUUUCCUUGAAUUUGAUGAUAAAUUGGCUGGUUGAAU